AUGCUGAAUUAUUAUCAAAAAAACAUGCACACAUGCAUCAUCAGGUUGGAUAAUUAAUUUAAUAUAAAAUUUAGAUAAGUAUGCUACAAUAAUAAUAAACAAAUAAAAGAAUAAAAGGACAUUCUCCAUAAAGAUCACCAGGUAAAUUCUGUUCAAAUUUAUUGAAUAUUAGUAAUAAAUUUGCAGGGACAGGUGGAAGUAAUAAUAUAUAAGUUAUAUAACAUUUUUAAUAGUGUGUUCAUCAUUAGCUCCUAAGAAAAGUUAAGCUCCAUAAAAAGUACCAAAAUCAGGAAUCUUUUAAGCUUUACCUAUGAUUGAAUAGACUUUAUUUAAAAAAUAUUAUGAUCGUGGAGAUCUUCCAAUUGCUGUUAAUUUUAGUGGAGCAGUUAGAAAGAUUGUAUGGAAAUGUGAACCUGAAUGUUUAGAUUAUCAUUUAUAUCUUCCAAUAUUCUUUGAAGGAUUAAGAGAAGUUGAAGAUCCUUAUAAAUUCUUAGCUGUCAAUGGAUGUGAAGAAUUAUUAUAAAAAGGUGAAACUAAGAUAUUAUCUGUAUUACCAUAAUUGAUUAUUCCUAUUAAAAGUAAAUAUAAUAUAUAUAUAUUAAUUAAAUAGAAGCAUUAGCAACAAAGAAUCAUGAUAUUAUGUGUAUUACAUUAAAGAAAAUAUAGAAAUUAGUCAAAAGUGGUUAAAUGAUAGGAGAAGCAUUAGUACCUUAUUAUAGAUAAAUAUUACCUGUUAUGAAUAUGUAUAAAAAUAAAAGAUGUAUUUAUAUUAUUAUUAUUAUUAUAGUAAAUAUUGGAGAUAAAAUUGAUUAUUCAUAAAGAAAAAAUGAAAAUCUAUCUGAUCUUAUAUAAGAAACAUUAGAAACACUUGAAAAAAAUGGAGGAGAAGAUGCAUAUAUUAAUAUUAAAUAUAUGAUACCAACAUAUGAAAGUUGUAUGUUUUGA